AUGGAUGAUGGAGCGUUUGAAGACCAUGCCUUGCGAGAGGCUCAGCGGGAGUAUUUGGAUUUCCUGGAUGAUGAUGUGCGCUGCCAUUUGUAUUUACCAUUAAAACUGAGUGUUUACUGUUUAAUUCGGGAGAUGUCCCUCAAUAUCACCAACCAAGAUCAAGGUGUAUAUCAUGGGAAAGUAAAGGAAAUGAUUGGGGCCAAUGAGCAUCGGCUAAUUAUCAACCUGAAUGAUCUGAGGAGGAAGAAUGAGAGGAGAGCCAGCACAUUGCUCCAGAAUGCUUUUGGAGAUGCAAUAGCUUUCCAGAGAGCCUUGAAGGAAUUGGUAGCCUCAAUUGACUCAACAUAUGCCAAGCAGUUUGAGGAGUUCAGCGUUGGGUUUGAAGGAAGCUUUGGUGCAAAGCAUGUAUCUCCCCGUACCCUCACGUCAGUUUACUUGGGCAGCUUGGUCUGCGUGGAAGGAAUAGUAACAAAGUGUUCCAUGGUGAGGCCGAAAGUGAUGCGUAGUGUCCACUAUUGCCCAGCGACGAAAAAAACACUUGAAAGGAAAUAUACUGACCUCACAACACUUGAGGCAUUCCCAUCAAGUUCCAUCUACCCUACAAAGGAUGAAGAGAACAAUCCUCUUGAAACUGAAUUUGGAUUGAGCACUUACAAAGAUCAUCAAACUGUGACCAUCCAAGAAAUGCCUGAGAAGGCUCCAGCAGGGCAGCUGCCUCGCUCACUCGAUAUAAUUGCUGAUGAUGAUUUGGUGGACAAAUGUAAACCUGGAGACAGAGUGCAAAUAGUAGGCAUAUACCGCUGUCUUCCGUCCAAGCAAGGUGGCUUUACGUCUGGUACAUUCAGGACAAUCUUAUUGGCCAACAACAUCAAGCAGAUGAGCAAAGAAAUUGCUCCCACAUUUUCAGCUGACGAUGUAUCAAAGAUUAAAAAAUUUUGCAAAGCUCAUUCUAAAGAUAUAUUUGAACAUUUAAGCAAAUCAUUAGCACCCAGUAUUCAUGGCCAUGAAUAUAUCAAAAAGGCAAUUCUGUGCAUGCUUCUUGGGGGUAAUGAAAAGGUUCUGGACAAUGGAACUCGCUUAAGAGGGGACAUUAAUGUCCUUCUCAUAGGUGAUCCAUCUGUAGCAAAAUCUCAGCUUCUGAGAUAUGUAUUGCACACCGCUCCUCGAGCCAUCCCCACCACUGGCAGGGGAUCCACUGGAGUAGGUUUAACAGCAGCAGUCACUACUGAUCAAGAGACAGGUGAAAGACGCCUGGAAGCAGGUGCGAUGGUUCUAGCUGACAGGGGGGUUGUUUGCAUUGAUGAGUUUGACAAGAUGUCCGACAUGGACAGAACCGCCAUCCAUGAAGUAAUGGAGCAAGGACGAGUAACCAUAGCAAAAGCUGGAAUCCAUGCACGUCUGAACGCUCGGUGCAGUGUCCUGGCAGCUGCUAAUCCUGUUUAUGGAAGGUAUGAUCAGUAUAGAACCCCGAUGGAAAACAUUGGUUUGCAAGACUCUCUGCUUUCAAGAUUUGACUUGCUGUUUAUUGUUCUGGACCAAAUGGAUGCAGACGCUGAUAGAGAAAUUGCUGAUCAUGUUCUGCGAAUGCAUAGAUAUCGAACCCCUGGAGAGCAAGAUGGAUAUGCAAUGCCUCUUGGCUGCCGUGUUGAGAUUUUUGCCACAGAUGAUCCAAAUGCUGGGGAUGCGGCAGACCAAGAGCUGCAGAUUUACGAGAAACAUGAUAAUCUUCUCCAUGGUCCCCGCAAAAGCAAAUCAAACGUUGUAAGCAUGCAGUUUAUUCGGAAAUACAUUCAUGUUGCUAAGCUGAUGAAGCCUAUUUUAACACAUGAAGCUGCUGAACAUAUAUCUCAUGAAUAUGCGAAGAUCCGAAGUCAUGAUCAAAUGAAUAAUGAUCGUGCGAGGACUAUGCCAGUUACUGCCAGAGCUUUGGAAACAAUGAUCCGUUUGGCUACUGCUCAUGCAAAGGUCAGGAUGAGCAAAACUGUUGACAUUCAAGAUGCUGAAACUGCCCUUGAGUUGGUUCAGUUUGCGUAUUUUAAAAAGGUGUUGGAAAAGGAAAAGAAAAAGGUUAAUAAAGAUGUAACUGAAGACUCCAGUCAAGAAACCCCAAGUCAAGAGGGCCUACGGAAAAGUUCUAGACGGGAAGGAAAAACUAAAGACUCACAAGAUGACUCUAUGGACCCCUAUGCGUUCAGUCAGGGAGAUAAUGAAAGUGAAUCACUUUCUCAGAGUAUGAGAACUCCAAGAAAGGUAUCUGAAAGCCAAGGAGACGAUCCACACAAGAGCUUGCUGAGCCAGACCCGAAUAAAGGAGUUUAAAGCGGCUCUAUUGAAGGCCUUUAAGAGCACACGCUCUCAGUCGGUGACCGUGACUCAGCUACUAGAAUUGAUCAACAAAGGGAACAUUAACACAUUCGAAGUUGGUGAAGUUAAACAGGCGCUGGACAACAUGCAAAAUGACAACCAAGUAAUGGUGGCUGAUGACGUUGUAUUCUUAAUAUAA